CAUACACUCGCUCUUUCUCUCUGGUACACACAGCUCCCCACGCUUGCACCCCUUACAGCGAGCCGGGUCGCCGGGCCACCCAGCUUUUCCCUCCAGCCAGGAGCCGGAGGGGAACGCACACUUGAUUUGCUGCUCUUUAACCCCCUGUUCCGUCUCUUUCUCGACACAAAGAUUUUAAAGAAAGAAAAAGAAACUAUAAAUAUAUAUAUAUUUUUUAUUUGCACCUUCCCUCCGGGUCCCCCUACUUCACCAGCCUGCGCGCCUCGGAGCCGCACUUUUCGCUCCCAAAGGAGGAUGAAGGGUGGUUGUAUCUCCCGCUGGCAGGCGGCCGCUGGGCUCCUCCUGUGGGUCACGGUUUUUGCAUCCUCCGAGAGAGCAGUCUUCACGAAUCAUUUUCUUGUGGAGUUGCAUAAAGGGGGAGAGGAAGAAGCUCGCCAAGUUGCAGCAGAACACGGCUUUGGGGUCCGAAAGCUCCCCUUCACUGAAGGUCUAUACCACUUCUAUCACAAUGGUCUUGCAAAGGCCAAGAGAAGACGCAGCCUACAUCACAAGCAACAGCUGGAAAGAGACCCCAGGGUAAAGACCGCCUUGCAACAGGAAGGAUUUGACCGGAAAAAGCGAGGGUACAGAGACAUCAAUGAGAUCGACAUCAACAUGAAUGAUCCUCUUUUUACAAAGCAGUGGUAUCUGAUCAACACAGGACAAGCUGAUGGGACUCCUGGCCUUGACUUGAAUGUGGCAGAAGCCUGGGAGCUGGGAUACACAGGAAAAGGUGUGACCAUCGGAAUUAUGGAUGAUGGGAUUGACUACCUUCACCCGGACCUUGCCUCCAACUAUAAUGCCGAAGCAAGUUAUGACUUCAGCAGCAACGACCCCUAUCCUUACCCUCGAUACACAGAUGACUGGUUUAACAGCCACGGAACCCGCUGCGCAGGAGAAGUCUCUGCUGCCGCCAACAACAAUAUCUGUGGGGUGGGAGUGGCGUACAACUCCAAAGUUGCAGGUAUCCGGAUGCUGGACCAGCCAUUCAUGACGGACAUCAUCGAGGCCUCCUCCAUCAGUCACAUGCCCCAACUGAUAGACAUCUACAGUGCCAGCUGGGGCCCCACGGACAAUGGCAAGACCGUGGACGGGCCCCGGGAGCUCACACUUCAGGCCAUGGCUGAUGGUGUAAACAAGGGCCGUGGGGGCAAAGGCAGCAUCUACGUGUGGGCCUCUGGGGAUGGUGGCAGCUACGACGACUGCAACUGUGACGGCUAUGCCUCAAGCAUGUGGACCAUCUCCAUCAACUCGGCCAUCAAUGAUGGCAGGACUGCCCUGUAUGACGAGAGCUGCUCCUCCACCUUGGCCUCCACCUUCAGCAACGGGAGGAAGAGGAACCCUGAGGCCGGCGUGGCAACCACAGAUUUGUAUGGCAACUGCACUCUGAGGCAUUCGGGGACGUCCGCAGCUGCUCCCGAGGCAGCUGGCGUGUUUGCACUGGCUUUGGAGGCAAACCUGGGUCUGACCUGGCGAGACAUGCAACAUCUGACAGUGCUCACCUCCAAACGGAACCAGCUGCAUGACGAAGUCCAUCAGUGGAGGCGGAACGGAGUCGGCCUGGAGUUCAACCACCUGUUUGGAUAUGGUGUCCUGGAUGCAGGCGCCAUGGUGAAAAUGGCUAAAGACUGGAAAACCGUGCCCGAGAGAUUCCACUGUGUGGGCGGCUCUGUGCAGGACCCUGAGAAAAUUCCCUCCACUGGCAAGUUGGUGCUGACCCUCACAACUGACGCAUGCGAGGGGAAAGAGAACUUUGUGCGCUACCUGGAGCAUGUGCAAGCUGUCAUCACAGUCAAUGCCACAAGGAGAGGAGACCUGAACAUCAACAUGACUUCCCCUAUGGGCACCAAGUCCAUUCUGCUGAGCCGGCGACCCCGGGAUGAUGACUCUAAGGUGGGCUUUGACAAAUGGCCGUUCAUGACCACCCACACAUGGGGGGAGGACGCCCGAGGAACCUGGACCCUGGAGUUGGGCUUUGCAGGCAGCACACCCCAGAAGGGCGUGCUGAAGGAGUGGACACUGAUGCUGCAUGGCACGCAGAGUGCACCUUACAUUGACCAGGUGGUGAAGGAUUAUCAGUCCAAGCUGGCCAUGUCCAAAAAAGAGGAGCUGGAGGAAGAGUUGGAUGAGGCCGUGGAGAGAAGCCUGGAGGGCAUCCUCAACAAGAACUAGGCAGCCCUUACCCCCAGCACCCUCGCACUUCCUCUCUGCCUCUGUCCACAGCCCCCCGUUCCUGCCCACACCCAGCAACCGUCACCCCUCACAAGCCAGUCCGCCGUCUCAAGCUGAAGCUUUGCUCACUGUCAAUAAUGAUUUCAUCACAAGGAAAGUAACCUUUCUUUUUAUUACACCAUGCCCCAAAUAUAAUGUUUGCCACCAUUAUCUAUAUCCCAUGUGAUGAGACUCCAAAUUCUCUCUAUCAUCCAAACGGGUGAGAUCCUACAAACAAAACUGGCACAGCUUUACCCCACCCCACCCAAAUCCUCCCUCCCCACCCCAUAUCUGAGAGAAGAGUGACUUUAACAAGCGACGCACAGGUACUCCCAGGACACGUGUCCAUGGCCUCAUCUAAGCACAAGGCAGGUGAAAGAUCCUUCGGGAAAGGUGAUUGGACUUGAGCACGAUUUGUCAGACACGUUGGUGAAGCUGCCAUCCACGGAGCGGCCUCAUUGCUAGACAGGAGAGAGAGAUGCAAGCAGCAAGAACUUUGGAAGUGUUGUCACUUAAUGCCAAGACCCAAAAGAAAAUACGAUAAGUCAGCAAGGCAGAUCUGGCUCUGCCCGUGGAUCUGAUCUGGGGAAGGGUCCUUUGUUCUCUGAUUUCAAAACCUUUGGAGGCAUCUUUAACUGAUAUAAGAGAGAGGCAAGAGCAGCAGGGUUUUUCUGUUUUGUUCUGGUUUUUCAAAACUUUACACACACCUAUGUGGGCUUUAAUUUCAAACACCCCUCAUAAAAAAAAAAAUCACAGAAAGGAAUAACUUGCUCCCUCUUGCUAUAAUGUCCUGAUGUGUUGUGGUGAUGGGGUGUGAAGGACUACAGAGGCCUAGUUGGGGAGCUGAAUGGCCGUCCCUACAUGGACCCCUCUCUGGGUGCAGCCUCUUCUGUUGAGAGAGACAUGCCAGCUCUCCCCCGGUCACCUGAGAUGCACGGGAGGCAAGAGGGCAUCUCCGCUGACUAAGCAUCUCAGCCACCCAUGAUCACAUCCCCCCCCCAAAAGCACCAUUUCCUUACUAGAUAGAUGUCACCAAAGUGACUUCUUAUCCCUCUUUUGGCCUAUCAGAGGCUUGGCCUCGGUUGCAGCACCAACUCAUCCCAAGAAAUGGUUACUUCUCACCCUCUCCCGGCUCCUCCCUCCCGUUUCCCAAAGCCAGCACUGCAGAGCACCAGUGUCCAUUCCCUCACAGUGGCAACUUUGAGAAUCUGAAAUCCUGUUCUCUGCCUUUUCUCCGCUCCCUUCAUGCUGCCAUGAAUUUCUGUCUUCUUAAUCAUCUUGUGAUCUUCCCUCCAUCAUGCUUUAAAGUGUAAUAUUUAUGAUUUUUUUAAAAAGAAAUUUAUUACUCGUGGCAAAGGUCUUUUUAAACCAGUUAUUUAAAGAAACAAUAAAUGGAAAAUCAUUG